AUGCCGAUGAAGUUUGCUACCAUGGCUGUUGAUGGCGGAGCUGCCGGCGGGGAUGUGUGUAGGCGUCUCUUCGUCGCCGUCGCUGCUGCUGUACCCGGUGAAUUUGAACCACUUUCUCUUUCUUCUUUCCUUCCCGAUGACUGCCUCACCACUGCUGAUUGGAGGCUGAUGCUCUCGGUCGCCGCAUGCCGCCAUGAAAUGGUGAUCGAGUUCUUGGAAUCGCGAAGCUGUUGCCCUUCUUUUGUGUCACCGUCGCCUGCUGCUACAUUCCGUCACCACCAGCCACCAUGGAAGGUGGUUGUGUGCGUGCUUUUGAGCCACCACCACCACCGUGAGGUGGUGGCUAACACCUCCGACCACCGCCUGCCGCCACAAUGCGAUUGUCAACAAACGCAAAUCGAUUCUAGCAGCUUCGCAGACAUGACUCAAAAACCCAGAUGGGGCGAAUUGGAGGAAGAAGAUGAUGGCGGCGACUAUGACUAUUUGUUGCCACCGAAACAGGUUAUUGGACCUGACGAACACGGCUUGAAAAAGAUAAUCGAGUACAAAUUCAACGAUGAAGGAAAUAGGGUUAAGAUUACAACCACCACUCGCGUCCGUAAACUCGCCAAUGCUCGGCUCAGCAAACGCGCCGUGGAGAGGCGUUCUUGGCCUAAGUUCAGCGAUGCCGUUCAAGAGGACGUCGGCGCCAGACUCACCAUGGUUUCAACAGAGGAAAUCAUCUUUGAGCGCCCUAGGGCUCCAGGUACAAAAGCUGAAGACGCAAAUGCAUCUGGAGAUCCAUUAGCUCAAAUGUCUAAAGGAGGAGCUGUAUUGAUGGUAUGCAGGACAUGUGGGAAGAAAGGUGACCACUGGACCUCAAAGUGCCCUUACAAGGACUUGGCUCAGCCCACUGAGUCCUUCACUGAGAACCCAAACCCUUCAGACUCAUCAGCCACGGGUGCAACCAAGGGUGCAUAUGUCCCACCCACGAUGCGUGCGGGUGCGGUUCGAACCACUGCUGGUUCAGACAUGAGACGUAGGAAUGAUGAGAAUUCGGUUCGGGUGAAUAACCUUUCAGAGGACACCCGUGAGCCUGAUUUGCUGGAGCUGUUCAGACCUUUUGGGAAUGUGUCUAGGGUUUACGUGGCUAUGGAUCAGAAGACUGGAAUGAGCAGAGGGUUUGGGUUUGUUAAUUUUGUGAGGAGGGAGGAGGGUGAAAGAGCUAUUGCUAAGCUUAAUGGGUAUGGUUAUGAUAACCUUAUCUUGAGUGUUGAGUGGGCUGCUCCCAGGGCAAAUUAGUCUUUUUUUACAUUUGUUUUUAAAUUUUUUUUUUUUUUAAUAAAAUUCCCUUUAGAAUUGUUCGUUUGUAAGCAAGAUUUUUGGGAUUUGUUUUUGAAAGUUUGAUGUGUAAAUAAAAAAUUUUGCUCAAGUUUUUUAGCAGACCUUUUUUUAUUUAUUUAUUGAAGUACUAAAACAUUCAACACAUUUUUUCACCAAUAUGUCUAUAUGAUAACUACAAGGCUUUAAUUUAGAGAUAACUGUAAAUUUGGUCGUUGUAUUUGUCAAAUAGUUUCUAAACUAUCAAUUUUACAUUCAAGG